AUGUACCGCGCUGCUGUUGCAAGAGCUUCUCGCUCCCUCGUCGUUCCAUCUCGCACACUUCACUCGUCACCGCUAGCAUUCAAAACUGCUACAGACAAGGCAAAGGAUGUUGCUCAUGAUGUGAAUAUGAAGGUCGGACAAGGCCUAGCAUCAGCUAUCGAAAAGGGUGAACAGGUCACCGACAAGGCCAAGGAGGCUGCCGCAGGUGCCUAUGAAGCCAAGGAGGACUUUAAAAAGGAGAUGAAGAAAUAG